GUGCAGAACUGAGGGAAGACACCGUGUCAGGCAAGUGGGAGGCUGGCCCUGAGGAGUGAGGGCAGGCCUGAUGGAGAUGACACCACCAUGUGGCAGUGGGAAGGGGCAGGCAAGGGCCUAGAUCGGUGGUUAGAUCGGUGAUUCUCAACGUGUGAGUCGCGACCCCCUUGUGGUACUACCGAUCUUUUCGCAGUGGCCUCCUUAGACCAGCAUAGAUACUUGCAUUGCGAUUCGUAACAGUAGUAAAAUUACAGUUAUGAAGUAACAACGACCAGCUCCGAAAAAAAAGAAAAGAAAAAAAAAAAGUAACAACGAGAACUAUUUCAUGGACAAGGGGUCACCACAUUUGGAAGGUUGACAACCACUGGUCUAGAUGUAUGAAAGGGAGGCCAGGUUCGAAGUUGGGAAGAACAUACGCUGUGGUCUAGGGUGGUGGAUGUCAAUGGUAUGUGAGGUGGGGAGGGGAGAAAUUCAGGAUCAUGGCUGUAAGGGCCCUGUGAGUUGCAGAACCUGGGGGUGAGGCUGGGGGUGAGGGUGGGGGUAGUGAGGAUAGGGUGUGCCCAAAAAUGGAAUCAGGAAGAGUAUAUGAAGCAGGGUUUCAGGGUUGUGGUUAAGAAGGAUGAGGGAAGAGGAGGUUCAGAGUGAUGCUCACUAGAGAUCAGGGAGAACAUUCUAGGAGCUUCAGAUAAUGCUGGCAGGAACUAUUGGAGUCAUGUUACUACUAACAGUAGCCUCAAGAGUCCAGGGUUCCUUUUUGGGCAACAAGGUCUCACUAAAAUGUUGAGGCUGGUCUAGAACUUACUCUUUAGCCCAAGCCGAUAUCCAGAACUCACUGCAGUCUUUCUGCCUCAGCUUCUCGGGAACUGGAGAUUUUGAGCCUGUACCAGCAUGCUAAGCUAAGUCCAGAGCAUUAGUGUAACAGAGUGAGAAGAUUCCCAGGACUGGGGGCCUCAGGAGAGGUCCCCAGGGCCACAUUUCUCUUAGCUGUGGUCAUACUCAUGGAUACAGCCUCCCUAACACCCACGCCCUGUCCAAGCCCUGCGUGAAGCCUGCCCAGCAUCAGGACAGGCGUAUAGCCAGAAAACAGAGCUGAGGGAAGGUCGUGGUGAGGGAGCUGGAAACGAACAAUGCCUUGGAGUUGAAGAGCAGACCCCUCAGGUAAUUUCAAGGUCCCACCUUCCGGCUCUAAACACUGUGAAGCACCAGGCUGUAAGUUCUCUGUGCCCUUGGGGGGCCGGCGGGAACUGGCCCCUGCCCAUUUGGGCCUACAGCCUUCCUACAUCUCAGCAGCAGGCCCAGCCAAAGUCGGUAGCUCAUAGCCUUGCUGGGCCAGUGGGGGCAUAAGGGACUCCCCUGCCUGCCCCGAGUCGGCAUGCACCUCCUACCUGGCUGUUAGGGCCCAGCCAUUGGUCAAACCUGCCUGAAGGCGAGAAGAGUGUCCUGUAGUCUGCCAUCCCCACCCUCUUCUGUAGCCGCAGCACUUGGUAGGCAAUCAGGAGGAAUGAGAGUGGCUGUCCUCAGGCCCAGGCCAGUGGGGGUUCUGGGCGGGAGCUGAAAACAGAGCCCGCAGAAUCCCACACUACCUCCCGCCUGCCCGCCCCAAACCCUAGCCAGCAGCAGCCAUGCCUUCCCACAGAGGCCCCUGCCAGCCAUGCCACCCGAGACUGCGUGGGACAGGAGCACUGUCGCCCCCAGCAGGCUUGCAGCCUGGUGGUCCCGGACAAACUGGCCUAGAAGGAUCCAAGCAGGACCUGACUUCAGGAGAGCUCAAGCCUCUUUGCUCUCCACAGUAACUCUGGUGGAGGGUCUCUGUCAGCAGCCUCAGUUUGGAAAGGAGCCGCACUUGACCCUGAGUAAUUGAAACUCUAGGUCAGACUGUGAAUGAUGAGGGGCUUCUGUAUCACACCAGAUUUCCAUGUCCUCCCUGAAGUAACUGUUGGAUCAUACAGUGGCUGCAGUCAGCUCUCCAAGGACUCAAGGCCAUCUGCCCACCUCUCUCCACCUUUUACCUCUUCUUUGUGAUCUUCGUGUUGUCUACCAUUUUCCACUGCCACCGGCGCCUCAGUCUAGUGCCUGCCCCCUGGGCCUCGUCAGCCCUUGUGGUCUUAUCCCCAAGACACCUGCCCCGGGAAGGCAUGUUCACCAUCAAUGUCAGAGGCCGGCUGGGGAACCAGAUGGGCGAAUACGCCACAUUGUUUGCACUGGCCAGGAUGAACGGACGGCUUGCUUUUAUCCCCGCAUCCAUGCACAGCACUCUAGCGCCCAUCUUCAGGAUCAGCCUCCCGGUGUUACACAGUGACACAGCCAGAAGGAUACCAUGGCAGAAAUACCAUCUCAACGACUGGAUGGAGGAGCGUUACCGCCACAUUCCGGGACACUAUGUGCGCUUCACGGGAUACCCGUGCUCCUGGACCUUCUACCACCACCUGCGCCCAGAGAUCCUGAAGGAGUUCACUCUGCAUGACCACGUGCGGGAGGAGGCCCAGGCCUUCCUGCGUGGUCUGCGGGUGAAUGGGAGCCAGCCGAGUACUUUUGUGGGUGUCCAUGUGCGUCGAGGGGACUAUGUGCAUGUCAUGCCCAAGGUGUGGAAGGGCGUGGUGGCUGACCGGGGUUACCUGGAAAAGGCCCUGGAUAUGUUCCGGGCACGCUAUUCAUCUCCAGUCUUCGUGGUCACCAGUGAUGACAUGUCCUGGUGCCGGAAGAGCAUCGUUGCUUCCCGAGGGGACGUGGCAUUUGCUGGCAAUGGCCUUCAAGGAUCGCCUGCCAAGGACAUUGCAUUACUCAUGCAGUGCAACCAUACCGUCAUCACCUUGGGUACCUUUGGUAUCUGGGCUGCCUAUCUCACAGGUGGGGAUACUGUUUACCUGGCUAACUUUACCCAGCCCAGCUCCCCUUUCCAUAAGGUUUUCAAGCCAGAAGCAGCUUAUCUGCCUGAGUGGGUGGGCAUUGCUGCUGAUCUGGAACAGCCAAACAGAGGAGCCCCUGGCCAUGCCUCAGCAAGAGCCCCCAAGAGUCACCAGAGGACCUUGCUGUAGUGCACAUGCUCAGAGGGGCGGUGGGGGGGAGGGUAUGUUGUUGUCGUGCUCGUGCUCGUGCUCGGGACCUCACAGGGAUUCCCAGUUCUGUUUUGCAUGCUUCUCAGCUGAGUGAUUGCAGGUCAAUGAUGUCACCUCACUGCCUUCCUGAAACUCUGAGCACAGCCUGGACUUAGCUCAGCAGCAACAGCACAGGUACUUUGAGCUCCUCCAUGCCCACACUGUUAGCCAUCAUAGGCCUAACAUUGGCUGCAUCUGGAGUGCUGUGUCACGGAGGCCAGUGUGUAGUUAGGGUUUCUGCGGCUCUGAUAAAACACCAUGGCCAUGGACAAGUUGAGGAGUGAAGAGCCUACUUCAGCUCAUACUUCCACAUCACAGCACAUCACUGAGGGAAGUCACGGCAGGAACCUGGAGACAGGAGCUGGUACAGGGGCUAUGGAGGGUGCUGCUUACUGGUUUGCUCUUUGUGCCUUGCUCAGCCGGCUGCCUCAUACCACCCAGAGGGUGUAGGAGGACAUUUCCAGGACACUUUCCUGGAGCACAAAGCCUCUGAGGCUAUCUCAGCCCUGGCUGGGGACUUGGUUACUGUUCCCUGCUCUGGUCUCCUCAGGUGUGAUGGGACGCAGAGGCUCUUUAGGAGGUGAGCAGAUGGCAGUGGGAGCCGUGAGAUGAAGGGCGCCCUGCCCAGCUUCGUGUUUGCUCGGCCUUGCUUGAACAAAGAUACAAACGGCCUUUUCUUUGCAAAAGCCCCAGGAAAGGCUGGUAAUAUGCCAGUGGCAAUAAAUGGCACAUCCAUCAGCAAA